AUGUGUUGUUUGUACACUUCGGACGUGUUUUUCUGGUCUUCUCUAGUUGUGUCUCCGUUACCUCGUAUAGUUCGUUGUGUUAGCGCCCCGCAAAUCCGUUCCAUCCCUUGCGGCAGCGGCGACUUCUCCGUCAUGAAGAGGUCCUUGAUCGCGCGUUGGCAGAGCGGCGUGCAUACACCGCAUGGAGUUGUUUACCGCGGUGCUAAAAUGAAGAACUGGCCGGAACAGCGCAUUCCAGAAAACUUUAAGUUUACGGAGGAACAGCGCUUCCGUACCAAGGCUAUUCCACGCGAUGUUGGCACCAUCCCCCGUAACUUUGUACUUGGCGUUCUUUAUCGGCAUCAGCCAUGUGAGGUAGGAGGCCUUUGGGAACACUGCACGAACGACCCGGAGAUCGUGCUCGAUAGUAAGAGGCAUCUUCGUGAGGUGCUAAAACAGGCACGCGAGGAGGGAUUCGUCACAUUUGAGCGGGAUGCCAUUUCCAAUGAGUGGCUCUGCUUCCUUACACGCGAGCGAUAUGAAGAAGUACAGAGGAUCGUCACAGCAAAAUCAGAGGCGGUGGACGCCCAUUCAGGUUUGCGAGGUGCGGCCGCAACGGAAACCUCCACAUACGCGGAGAAAUUUAGGGAAAUGAAUGUUGAGGCGAAGGAGGCGCACGCGCGGCGUCUGGAGGAGGAGGUAGCAAACACCACAAGGUACCUGCGCCGAUUCCAACAGCGGGAAAUAGACUAUUUGCCGUAUACUGACCUGAACGGGAAGGUCAACUUCAUGUGGUGGUAUGAAACGCGCGACGUUCAGCAGCGGGCCGACGAGGUCCUUACCGACUCCUCGAGCAGUAAAGCCCUUGCUGGUGAAGAGGAACAUAAGGCUGGCUCACAGCUCGAGGCGACAACAGCGUCGACGUCUUGA